AUUGUGAUCUCAUUCUUCAUUCUCCAUUCUACAUUGUCUGUUCGCUCCUAUUAUUCUUACUUGAGAGCGACACCUAACUCAGAAUGAUCCUUCCUCGUAUCGACCUUGCGGCAGACGACUAUGCCACCACUUUAAAGCAGUUCUCACUUCUGCCUAACCAGAUCCUUAUCACUCCCACGCCCGACGACUCCCGCCUUCAGAACAUCCUUAAGAACCAGAACAAGGACGCCUAUUGGGUACAGCCUCUUGCCUUUGAUCAAAACGAUCCCCUUGCUCAGAUCCACAGCCUUUUGGACUCUGGUUCUGACAAGGUCAUCCUUCCCUAUGCUGCCUUUGCUGCUGGACUGGAUGCAUACAGCCACAUUCCUCAGGAACGCCUUGCCGUCACACUCAAUCCUGCAGAGUUUAACAAGGCUGAUCAUCUCUUGAACACUGUCUCGGUCUUCAUCCUCAAUGUUGACACAACUGAGUCACUCGAGGCUAUCAAAGCCGUUGCUCAGGUUGUUCAGAAGAGUCUCUUACCUCGUGGAGGUGUUAAACGCGUUAUUGCCGCCUUUUCCGCCGUACCUGGGCAGCCAUCUGUGCCUGCCAACACUCCUGGCUUGCUCGCCAUCUCAGAAUUGGGCCGCAUUGGCGUUGAUACUUCAUUGUCCACCGAUGUCCUUUCAAUUGAUCAUCAGGAUGGCAAAUUAAAUUUGGGCGAAGCCUUCAUGGCCACAAUUGUAUCUGACCGUCCCGAUGGGUUGUUCCCAACUAUUGUUGUGGAUGAGCAGGGUAUCUCGCUCGGAUUAGUCUAUUCGUCUUUAGAAAGUGUUGUCGAAUCCUUCCGUAUUCGCCAAGGAGUCUAUUUCUCGAGAUCCCGUGGCCUCUGGCAUAAGGGUGCUACUUCCGGAGCAACACAGGAUUUGAUCAAAGUCCAUGUUGAUUGCGACAGCGAUGCUCUCCAGUUCACUGUCCAUCAGCACGGAGCUGGUUUCUGUCAUAACAAUAUCCGCGGAUGCUUUGGCCCUUCAUCUGGACUUGCUCACCUUAAUCAGACACUUCAGAGCCGCAAGCUUUCUGCCCCUGCUGGAUCCUACACCCAGCGCCUUUUCAAAGACAGCAAUCUUGUAAAGUCCAAGAUCAUGGAGGAAGCAGAGGAGUUGUGUGAGGCCAAAACUCCAGAAGAAAUCGCCUGGGAGACCGCUGAUUUGAUAUACUUUGCUCUCGUCAAGUGUGUUGCUAAUGGUGUGACUCUCAGAGAUGUUGAACAACAGCUUGAGAAUCGAUCUCGCAAGAUCACUCGCCGACCAGGCAAUGCUAAGCCAAAAUGGGAUGUCCGUGCUAAAGAAGCUGCUGCGACUGAAACCCCUGCUACUGCUCCUGCUCCCACCCCAGUUCCUACUCAGAAUGGAAAGGAAAAUGUCCGUAUUGCUAUGAAAUCUUACAAGAUGAACGCCCUUUCUGCAGAUGACCAACGGAAGCUCCUACUUCGUCCUAUCAUCCAAUCCAACGAUAUUAUGGCUCGUGUCAAGCCUAUUGUAGAUAGUGUUCGCCAAUCCGGUGAUGCUGCUCUUUUGGAGCUGACUGCCAAGUUUGAUGGUGUUCAAUUGGACAAGACUGUUAUCUCUGCGCCUUUCACUCCUGAAUCCAUGGUUCUGGACGAACAGACUCGACGCGCGAUUGAUCAGGCCUACGAUAAUAUUCAAAAGUUCCAUGCGGCUCAGUUGCAAGAGAAGGCUCUUGUUGUAGAAACAAUGCCAGGGGUUGUAUGCACACGAUUUGCACGUCCGAUUGAGCGAGUCGGAUUAUAUGUUCCUGGAGGCACCGCUGUCUUGCCCUCCACAACAUUAAUGCUGGGUAUUCCUGCUGCUGUAGCUGGAUGCAAAGAGAUUGUAAUCGCAACACCACCUAGGAAGGAUGGCAGUAUUGUUCCUGAAGUUAUGUAUGUAGCCCAUAAGGUUGGAGCGUCGAAGGUUUUAAUGGCUGGAGGUGCACAGGCGGUCGCUGCCAUGGCCUAUGGAACAGAGUCAUGUCCUAAAGUAGACAAGAUCUGUGGACCGGGCAACCAAUAUGUAACAGCUGCAAAGAUGUUGACUCAAAUCGACAGCUCAUCUUUGGUUUCGAUUGAUAUGCCUGCUGGACCUUCAGAGCUGUUGGUGAUUGCAGACAUGACCUCCAUCCCUGCUUAUGUGGCAUCUGAUCUCCUUUCACAAGCGGAGCACGGCACGGAUUCUCAGGUGGUAUUGAUUGCUGUUGGAUUGACGCCAGAGCACUUGGCUGCGAUUGAAGACCAGGUUCAUGAGCAAGCAAGCCGACUACCACGUGUGGAUAUUGUGCGUGAGUCGAUUCCUAAGAGCUUUAUUAUAGAGGUGGAGACCAUGGAAGAGGCGAUGAGGUUCUCGAAUGAGUAUGCACCGGAGCAUUUGAUUUUACAUCUGGAGCAAGCAGAGACGCACGUAGAGAAGGUUAUGAAUGCAGGAAGUGUCUUUGUAGGUCACUGGUCGCCCGAAAGCUGCGGUGAUUAUGCAUCGGGUACAAACCAUACCUUGCCAACUUAUGGAUAUGCACGCAUGUACUCUGGAGUCAACACAGAUACAUUCCUGAAGCAUAUUACGUCCCAGCAGUUGACACGUGAAGGCUUGGACGCCAUUGGAGAUACUGUCAUGCGAUUGGCAGAGAUUGAAGGCUUGGAGGCUCACAGGAAUGCUGUUGCAGUACGCAUCAAUGACAUUCGUCAGGGUCGUUCUUAAAAGAAUAGAUUCAAAAGCAAAUGGUACCUAGAGAGGAUCGAUAAAUAAAGAUUUACAAAGUGCUUU